AUGUUCUACGUAAUACACAAUGUUUGGGGAUAUGAGUUCCAGGUUAUCACAUCUCACCACAAGAUAGGCAGCUUACUACAUUGCUUGGAAAAGUUUAUUGAUGACCUUGAUGAGUUUUUUAGAGACUUGGACAAUGAAGUGUUUCAAAACUACAAAAAUAGCUUGAUAAAGACUCUAUCAAUGGAUCCUUCUCUCGAAAAGGAAACUGAAGAAUUUUGGACAGCUAUAAUUAAGUAUAGCUGCAAAUUCUAUACCGACAUGAUGGCGGUUGAUAAAUUGAAAGAUAUAGAGGAGGAUUUAAUCCGCUUUUACAAAAAGUUUUUCCAAAUUUCCUCUACAAACUGUAGGCGCGUUUGUAGGCGCGUAAUGGUUGUACAUCAGAAUUCUGAUAGAGUAUAUGGGAAUGAAGACGGCGGUGAUGAUUCGAUUGAGGAUUAUGAUGAUUUGUAUGAGACUGUGAUGUAUCAUAAGAAGUGUAAAUGUUGGUGA